UAAAUUUGAGUAUAAAAUCAUUGUUUUUACAGUUGCAGCCAUGGGUUCCAAUGAUGUUGAAGAACCAUGGGUGUUUUACAGGGAUCGUGAAGAAUGGACUGAUGUUACUCCAGUGCCACAAGAUGAUGGUCCAUUUGCAGUUGUAAGGAUAGCAUAUAGUGAAGCUUUUACAGAUGUCUUUGACUACUUCCGAGCCAUUAUGAGUAAGGGAGAACUUUCUCAGCGUGCUCUUGAACUUACGGAGGAUGCACUUAACAUGAACGCUGCUAAUUAUACAGUCUGGCAGUACAGGUAUGAUAGUGAAUCAUAUUCAAAAGUUUAGUUGUGGACCUUAGUAUAUUUCAAGUGAUGUGUGUGGACAUAGUAUAUUUCUAUUUCAAGUGAUGUGUGUGGACACAUAGUAUGUUUCAAAUGAUGUGCUAAGUAUAGUAUGCAGACGGCAGCAGUGUAUAUAAACAUUAAGCUCAUGGUGAAUGCCAUUUCCUUGAAAACAAACCAUUGUUUUAACAGAGAAUGUGUGUACGUAAUAGAAAGUAGUGUACCAGAUAGAUUAUCUGGGAUGAAUCUUACCCAAUGUUAAAGUUGCUCAAAUCUUUGUGCCAUAGAUGCAAUUCACAGUAAAAAAAAAAAAAAAAAAAAAAAAAAAAA